AGGAUACAAAGACAGGAACAGGUUUGGCGUCUGGCAAACGCUAAGUCUUGUAACCAAACACUCUCCUCUUGCAAAGAAGAAGGCAUUCACUUUCUGUAGCAGCAAAGCAACGCGAAUCUCAACUCUAUACUGCCUUUGCCCGUAUCGAUGGCUGAUCCUGAGUUAGAAGCAAUUCGCCAGAGAAGAAUGCAGGAGCUCAUGGCUCAACGUAGCAUGGGAAAUCAGCAAGGCUCUGAACAGCAAAAGGCUCAGGAGGAUGCAAAGAGGGAGGCCGAGGAGCAAAGGCAAAUGAUGCUUAGUCAGAUUUUAUCUACAGAAGCCCGAGAAAGACUUGCCCGAAUUGCUUUAGUUAAACCUGAAAAAGCAAGGGGUGUUGAAGAUGUUAUACUGAGAGCUGCACAAAUGGGUCAAAUAGUUGAGAAGGUUUCUGAACAGAGGCUCAUUUCAUUACUGGAACAGAUUAACAAUCAAACAACUAAACAGACAAAAGUCACAAUCCAGAGGCGGCGGAGUGUUCUAGAGGAUGAUGAUUAACUCAGAUAUGUAACUUGUGCCUAAUGAUGAUGCAGAGCUGUUUUUGUUGUUUAUUAUAUUUGUAGACAAAUAAUUUGAGGGUCUGAUAUUCAUAUACUCAAACGAAUUCCUGUGUGGCUUUGUAGUCUCAAAUUUCCUCCUUCCCCUCUGAAUCUAUAUCAAGUGAUAAAUCUUAAUGCUAUUGACAACAAUUUGGCAUUUGAAAUUGAAAGAUUGAUAAAAACACAAGGUUUUCCAUUCUA